CUUGAGUUUGAUUUCAACCCCUAUUCGUCCCUUUAAAGCCCUCCAAAAUCUCUUCCUUCCCACCCUUAAUUUCUCUUCCUCUUCCUCUUCCUCUUCCCGUACAUUCGAUAGUUCCAUUUCCCCCAUUUUUACUCUCUCACCUGUUUCUCGUAAGGCAACGGUCAGCCGGUAAGCCUUGUGAAGUUUAGGAAAUAUUGGGUUUUCAUCUUUUAUGCGAAGGGGAGGGAACAGCGGUUAGUUGGUGUUUUGUUGUUGAGCCAUGAGUUGCAACGGUUGCCGAGUCUUACGAAAAGGAUGCAGCGAAUCAUGUAUUUUGCGUCCAUGUUUGCAAUGGAUCGACACCCCCGAAGCUCAAGGCCAUGCGACAGUCUUCGUCGCCAAGUUCUUUGGCCGUGCCGGACUCAUGUCGUUUAUAUCCGCCGUUCCAGAACUUCAACGUCCUGCUUUAUUCCAAUCGCUGUUGUUCGAAGCUUGUGGGAGAACGGUGAAUCCUGUGAACGGAGCCGUCGGGCUUUUAUGGACGGGAAACUGGCAUGUUUGUCAAGCUGCGGUUGAAACCGUCUUACGAGGAGGAACUAUAAGGGCGAUGCCUGAACUUGUGGCUUCCACACCACGAUCCGAUGAAACAUCGGAAGCUACGAUUACGUACAUGUCGAAGUUGCAAGAAACGGUAACGAAUUUUAACUCAAACUGUCGAUUUUCCUGCUCGAGAUCUAAGGUUUCACCUAAGCGUAUAAGAGUGGAAGAAUUCGGUAAAUUUCAGCCAUCCGAUCUAGAUCUUUGCCUGACUCCAAGCUCCGGGGGAAGCCGCCUCUCGGAUAAAAGACGACCCGGUACUCCGUCGUUGAACUCGGAGGAAUCAGUUACGACGACAUGUUUUCCAAGUGGGUUUGCAGAUCAAACAGAAGAAGCAGAUAAAAAGUUAUUGAACUUGUUUGUCUGAAGAGAUAAUGAAAAAAGAAAACAAAAGUUCUAUUUUCUUGGUGAAUCUAACAUUGAAAUGAUCUGGUCUUGUUGUAAUAUUCUCC